AUGUAUGAUUUGAAAGACAUAUCCAAAGCAACUAAUGCUAAAAUGGUAAUAAUUCCAAGAACAAAUGUAAGAUAUGUUCAUAAAAGAUUUGAAAUUUUUUACUAUGACUCAGAAGAAGUGAAAAAUCAAGCGGUAACCACUUCAUUUACAAUUGGAAAUAAUGAAUUGGAAUGGGCUGGAGCAAAUGCACAUACAUGUCAUUUGUGUGGUUCAACAAACCACCUUGUGGCAGACAGCUACAUAAAACAAAAAAGAGAUACUGCAUGUGAAAAAGAUCAAAGAUUUAUCAAUGCUUAUAAGAAAUAUGGAAUACAAAAAUCUACAUUCAAAAAAUUAAACACAAUCAAACAAGAUAUUAAGAAGAUACAACAACAAAUAAACACAAUCUGUGGAGAAGAGGAUGAAAAUAAUACUGUUGAUAACAGUGAUUAUGGUGAAGAUGAAGGGAUGUUAAACAAUUCAUCCUAUAUGAAUAAUAAAACUAAAUUCAAUAAUAUUACAGGGAACAGUAAAGAAAUAACUUCAGUACCAAUCUCAAUUCAGAAAAACAAAAUAACAAAAUGGCAACAAUAUCUCAGCUUCUUGAAUAUGAGUAAUAGCAUUAAUAAUAACUCACAUGACAUGGGUGUAAACAAUAUAACCAUGUCAAAUAUAAAUAAUGGUAAUAAUGAAAACACAAACAAUAACAAUAAAUUUUUUACAAAUAUAGAACAAGAAGAAAACCAACAAUUAUUUAUAGAAAAUGAAACAAUAUUAUUGCCAACAUGA